CAUAAAUUGUUUUAUAUCAUGAAUUGUUUUAUAGAAAGAUGGCACUGGCAUCACUUUGUUAUUGUACUGCAAAAGUACAUAGGCUUAUUACAUUUAUAUUCAAAGUAUUCUUGUUGUUUAUGAGCGAGGAAGCAAUUUCUCAGUAAAUUAAUGACAGUGUAGCAAUUGUGGCCUUCACAUCCAAUCAGGCCACUAAUAUGGCUCUGAAUGCCGUCUAUAUUACAUUUGUGUUCGACAGUCUCGUACAUUUGACUGAAUUACAUUACAUGUUGUACGUGCAGCGCUUCCAUGGGGAUGGGAGGUUAACCAUUAAACAAGGUUAGCAUUAUUUCUAAGGUUUUUAGGUUAAUAAAGAGGCCAACAAUAGUUUCAACACAACAUGGCCGCGUCUAAACUACGCACAGCUAUUAAUGCCUUAGGGUCAGUCGUUAGGUCGCCGAGGGUGCUGCAGCUAGAACGUAAGAACUUUGGAAGAAUAUGCGCAUCACCAGGGUUCUGUUUCUCCGAUAACUAUGCCGUCCAACGUCGAAGUCUUGCCACUGCAGUCGCAGCAUCUCAGGAAGAACCGGCUAUGUUUUGUUUCCAAUGUGAGCAGACAAAAGGACGCAAAGGUUGUACGACGGUGGGCGUAUGUGGUAAAACGCCCCAAGUGGCUCACUUGCAGGACUUACUUGUCUACAUACUUCACGGUAUUGGUAUCUAUGGCAACAGGAUACGCAAGUUUGGUAUCCCUAUUGAUCCUAGUAUUUCUACAUUCAUAUAUUCUGCUUUAUUCAGUACUCUAACAAACGUCAAUUUUGACGACGAACGAUUCUCUGGACCACUUGGGUACAUAUCAGAGGCGUUGAAUACUCGAAACUAUCUCAGAAAAAUCUACCUUGACGAAUGCACAGAGAGGGGUCAGAAACCAGAGGUCUUGCCCGGCCCGGCCGAUUAUGAUCCGCCAGAGGGCGCUCUUGGAUCAACGGACAUUUUGGAAGCUGAAGGGAAGAAGUUUGGUGUGAAAGGCAAUGAAGAAAUCUAUGGCGCUGACUUGAAUGGCGUGAGACAGAUGAUAAUCUACGGGCUGAAGGGGAUGGCAGCGUAUGCCAGACACGCGGAUAUCCUUGGAGAAGGCAGUGUAGAAAUUGCAGACUUCACACUUGAUAUUUUAGACUUUCUAAUUGAUGGCCCCGAAGAUAUGCGACAUGACCUCGCUCAUAACUUGGGCCUAGCGCUGAAAGUUGGGGAGAUGAACCUCAAAGGCUUGGAACUCUUAGACAAAGGACACAAGCUGAAAUUUGGAAACCCAACUCCACAUGAAGUGUCUACAGCACCCGUGCCUGGCAAGGCAAUUCUGGUGUCUGGCCACGAUAUUCAAGAUCUGCACAAAAUUCUCGAACUAACAGAAGGCACGGAGAUAAACGUUUACACCCACGGGGAGUUACUUCCAGCUCACGGGUACCCUAAGCUACAGGAGUUUAAGCACUUUGUGGGCCACUUUGGAGGUGCCUGGCAGAAUCAAAAAUUUGAAUUCCCUACCUUCCCGGGGCCAAUUGUCAUAACAACAAAUUGUCUUGUGGAGCCGUUGAAAUCCUACAAAAACAGAAUAUUUACCCUCAAUGAAUGUGGCUUCUCGGGGGUGCCUCACCUUGAUAUUAACAAGCCUAACGCGUUUGAUCCAGUUUUGAAGAUCGCCAAUGAAAUGCGUGGGUUCACUGAGACAAGCGCAAAGGCGUCUAAUAAUAAGGUCCUGACGAUUGGCUUCGGACAUGAUGCCAUUCUUGCCAACGCUGAUAAGGUUAUUGAAGCUGUACAGACGGGUGGAUUGAAGCGCGUAUUUGUUGUUGGUGGAUGUGAUGGUUCUGAGAAUAAACGUAGUUACUACACAAGCAUUGUUGACAAUCUCCCGAAGGAAACUAUAGUUCUCACACUUGGUUGUGCUAAGUACAGGUUUAAUAGCCACGAUCUGGGGAUGCUCGGAGACAGCGGAAUACCCCGUCUUCUUGAUAUGGGGCAGUGUAAUGACGCCUAUGGGGCUGUCGUUGUGGCAUCCGCCUUAGCCAAGGCGUUCAACACUGAUGUGAAUUCCUUACCGCUAUCUAUUGCGUUGUCGUGGUUUGAGCAAAAAGCGGUUGCCGUGCUACUAUCGCUGUUGCACCUUGGGAUUAAGAACAUUCGCGUUGGGCCAGUUCUACCAGCGUUCAUAACGCCAACUGUACUCGAUAUUCUUGUUGAAAAGUUUAACAUUCAACCAACUGAUAAUCGGCACCCACUGGAUGAUCUACAUUUAAUGAUGGGCAAUGAAUCAAAAAAGUAAAAUGAUAUGUGAACAAUAUAUUCCAUAAUAUGCAGACUAAAUACACUCUCCUCAAAACGUUUGGAUACACUUACGCUCCCAUUUCAAUACCUUUAAAACAAAAUAUUUUUAGAUAUUUUUUUUAUUUAUUUAUCUAUUUAUUUAUUUUUCUCUAUUGAAACAUGACAAGUACAAUAAUUAAAAACAGUUCAGCUAUUUUUCACACCACUGCACCCCCAUUCAUGCAAUAAAAAUCAUGCAAUUGAUUCUUUUGCUCUAUUUGAGGGGUAC